CAGCAGACCAUCAGCAGCGUUUACGCCCAAGAACUAGACAAAACGGUGACGGUAACAAUAAUAGUCAUAACAAAGAGAGCGUCCUCAACGAAGAGAAAAGUUAUAGCAAUACCGCCGAUAAAACUGGUACCAGUAAAGAUUUAUUCGGUUCAAGUGGCAGAACCGAGAUCGGAGAUAAUAAUGACGAAGUUAUAGUAAAUCCCAGCAAGUUGAGCUAUAAGACAAUAGAUGAAGAUGACUAUUGUCGAUUUUCUGAAAUUUGCCUUCGUGGAGACGGUAAAAAAGGACAUAUCGCCGACAAUUAUACGCACAAUAAAGACGCCGGGGUCAGAAUAAGUAUCAACAGCGAGGACAGCCGACCGGGUCGAAGAAGUAUUCCCGGGCGGUCUAAUGGCGAGGAGGAAGAGAACCAGGAGGCAGAGCUAGGCUCGGGCGCCGAGGGGCGGACAGAGGUGGAGCGCGCCGCGCCCGACGCCGAGCGGCUGCCUCCGGACGGCGCCAGCUGCUCGGCUCCUGAUGAUCACAUUGUUAAAGAGCGCGCUUGCUACGCCGCGUCGCGGUCUUCGGGCAGCUAUCGCCGCGACAGCGGAGAGCCCUUCCGAGCCGAUGUGGAAGCAGAAGGUGUUCUCCGGCCUGUUCGCAACUACAAAGGAAUUUACUUGCCCUCAAUUACCAACAGUUUUACACACGAGGGCGUAGAGCUCUCCUACCAACGAUACUCGAGAAGACAACGGCAGAAGUCGUUAAUCAUGGUCAACGUUGUCGACUUUCUUCUUAAAGUAAGUAUCAACCAAAAGUUUAGUACUUUUUCAGGUGGUGCCAAAUAUCCAUCAGAGUCAGCGAUCGCGUGGACCGCGGCGUUUUCGCUGCUAAACGUGAGCAUAUGCCUGCUGGGCUGGUGGCGCUGCUUCGCCAACAACUACCUUCACUGGGCCGCCGCUACCACCUGGAUACUACUCGUCGCUCAGGGGCUCAGCGGGACAGGCAUCGGGUUUGAGUCGGCGGAGCACCAGGUGUGGUACAUGCUGUUCAUCGUGUUCGUGCCGUACGCCAUGCUGCCGCUGUCGCUGGGCUGGUGCAUGGUGGUGGGACUGCUGGCCUCCAUGGCGCACCUGCUGGCCGCCGCGCUGCACAUCACCAGCAGCCAGGAACCAGAUUGCACUCAUCCGCAAGAGCAAUGCAAGACGCGAAUCCUGAUAGCCAACACGCUGCUUUACUUAGCAGUGAAUUUCGCCGGCCUCUACGCCAAGUACCUGACGGACUGGGGGCAGCGCAAGGCGUUCGGCGAGACCUACCGCUCCGUGCGCACGCGCCAGCGGACCAAGCGCGAGAACGACCGCCAGUGGAAACUCUUCCAAAGUGUAAUCCCAGACUUCCUGGCCAAGGAGAUCGCCAACCACGUCUCAAGGGAAGGAGAGUUCCAAGACCAGCAGUUCAAUAAUUUGUACAUUCAGCGACACCAAAAUGUUUCCAUACUUUACGCCGAUAUAAAAGGGUUCACUGAAUUAUCAAGCAAAUGCAGUGCAGAAGAGCUUGUAAAAUUAUUGAACGCCUUAUUCGCUCGGUUUGAUCGACUGGCAUCGGAGAAUCAUUGUUUACGAAUUAAGCUUCUGGGAGACUGCUACUUCUGCGUGAGCGGGCUGCCCACCGCGCGGGCCGACCACGCGCUGUGCUGCGUCAACAUGGGGCUUCACAUGAUCCGCGCCAUCCGCGACGUGCGCUACAACACGCAGGUAGACCUGGACAUGCGCAUCGGCAUCCACAGCGGCACGGUGCUGUGCGGCGUGCUGGGCCAGCUGAAGUGGCAGUUCGACCUGUGGUCGCACGACGUCACCGUUGCUAACCAUAUGGAGAGCGGCGGCCUACCCGGUCGUGUCCACAUCUCAGAGGCCACGCUGCAAUGUCUGAACGGCGCCUUCGAUGUGGAGCCGGGCGAAGGCGAGACCCGCGACCCCUACAUCCGCGAACAUGGGAUCACCACGUAUCUCAUCCACGCCUCGGAGCAACCUCGCCGCUCCCGGCAUCGUUCUAGACCCAGCGUCCCGACAAGCCAUAACACCUCCGAGUCCAGCAACCGUCGCCCCAGCAGCAUCUUGGAGGAUGAAACCAAUACGGAUUGGACUCCAGAAAUACCCUUUCAGAACUAUUACUCGGUGAGUGAGGAUGAAGAAGCGCAGGCGGCGUUGGACUUGCCCCCCGCUCUGGAGCACGGCUUCGAUUCUGACGACGUGACACCACUGGCCGAUGAAGAGGACAUAAUCAACCAUUCGAUCGAGGUGGGCACGAACCGCCGCAUGCGCAUGGACAACAUGCGGCUGUGGUCGCUGCGCUUCCGGCGACUCUCGCUCGAGCACGAGUUCGCGUGCCUCGACGAGCUCACCUUCAAGUCCAACGUCUGCUGCUGCUUCCUGCUGUGGCUCUUCAUCUUCGCCGUACAAACCACCAUGCACUACAAUUGUUGGAAACUGAUGACGGCGCUGGUGGCGGUGACGGCGCUGUUGGCGCUGGCGCUGCUGGCGGCGAUGGGCGAGGAGUUGCCACGCGCGCCGCGGCUGCAUGCGCUGGCGCGCUGGCUCGGCGCCACCCGCCGCCGCCGCAACCUUCACAUAUGUACCUUCCUCACUGUCAUGUCCAUAUCUAGCACUAUCAAGCUAUUUAUUUGUGAUCUAUCAACAUGCGACGAAACCAUGCUCGAUGUGGAGAAAGAUACUAAUGAGUGUUAUAGUCCAGAGUAUGUAGUAUUUACAUGGAUAUUGUGCCUCAUCGCCUUAACAUCUAUCCUGAAGCUGUACUAUUUGAUCAAGAUUUUGUUGGCUACGAUUAGCGUAAUCAUAUACGCCAUUUUGUUGGUGAAGUUUUACAAAGAUAAAUCAGCCCCAUCUGCCCAAAUGGAAUUCUACCAACGAAUGUUGAUUCUAAUGAUGGUGUUCCUGGCGAUCGUGGUGAACCACGCGCGGCUCGUGGAGGUGACGUCGCGCCUCGACUUCCUGUGGAAGCUGCAGGCCGAGACCAACCUCGAACAGAUGCGGGACAACCAGCGCACCAACAGAUACCUGCUCAAACAUAUCCUGCCCGACCACGUUGUCAACCAUUUCUUGAGCAAGGAACGCCGGCCCGAUGAGCUGUACUCGCAGUGGCGGCACGAGGUGGGCGUCAUGUUCGCAGGCAUCCCCAACUUCCACGAGUUCUACUCGGAACAGAAGGCCGUGGACUGCAUGCGCUUGCUCAAUGAGAUUAUCUUUGAUUUCGAUAACUUGCUAAGGGAGCCACGUUUCAAGAGCAUUGAAAAGAUCAAGACUAUAGGCGCAACAUACAUGGCUGCGUCAGGACUCGACCCCAAUGACAAGACGAGCGACGAGGACUGCGAGCAUCUGUGCGCGCUGGUGGACUACGCGUUCGCUCUGCGCGUGGCGCUCGACGAUAUCAACAAACACAGCUUCAACAAAUUUCGUCUCCGAGUUGGGAUAAGCUGUGGGCCGCUGGUGGGCGGCGUGAUAGGCGCGCGUAAGCCCGUGUACGACAUCUGGGGCAACACCGUCAACGAGGCCUCGCGCAUGGAGAGCACGGGCGCUAUGGACCGCAUACAAGUCACCAAGUACACGAAAGAGUUGCUGCGACGGUGCGGAUACGAGCUGGAGGCGCGCGGCGAGGUGGAGGUGAAGGGCAAGGGCCGCAUGGAGACGUGGUGGGUGGUGCGGCAGCGCGGCGCGGCCGACGCGGGCGCCGAGGCCGCGCCGGCGCCGCCGCGCUCGCUCGUGGCUCUCGUCUACACCAUGCUGCAAGCCCGCAAGCGCAUCUACACGCACCCUCUCGACGCUACUGCUAUGCCGAUCCGCAGCGGCAGCAUGCACGACAAGCCGACGCGGUGCAGCACCGCGCCCAGCGGCACGCACCGCCACUCGCGCCCCGGUCGCCGCCUGCCGCGUUCUGUUUUCAGUAUGGCUCACGAAAGUUCACGUCCGCCGUCGAAGAGCAUGGUAGUGAGGCGGCCCGACAUGGCUCCCCCGGUAGUGAGCAGCGUGUCGGCGCCGCACACGCCGGUGGCGCCCCACUCGUCGCCAUUCCCGGGCCCGCCGCCCAAGCCCGGCAUCGGAGCCCGCCUGAAGGCGGCGAGCUUCUCCUACCGAGCCCGGCCGCAGCGGGACAGAUCUCCUAAAAUACAAGAGCUGGAUGAAGCAAGCGCUAACCCCGCUAAUGGGACCACCAAACUAUAUAAAAAUGGAACUUUCAGACUUCGCUCUGACACAACUAGAAUGUAAAUAAACAUAAACGAAAAUUUCAAAUUAAAAUACCCCAACGCAGUGAAAUGGAUGAACCGAUUUACAAAACAUGACCCCACGAUACCACCGCUAGAAGAUAAAGUACCGCAUCCAAAUCAGUUCACCCGUUUAAGAGCUACGGUGCCACAUAAUGACAUAACGGUCAAACUUAUAACAUCCCUCUUUUUAACCCCCGACGCAAAAAGAGGGCUGUUAUACUUAAGUUAGAUUGCGUCGGGAAUUUAAAUCACUUAUUGUUAGAAAGAAGAAAUAUUGAAUCCUAAUAGUUACUUAAGUAGGUAAACAGUCACCUGCAAUCAUUAUGUUACUCUUCAAAGGCUGCAAAAAUAUGUGACACGCUCUUAUGGCUCUACAAAUAAGAUCGUGUCAGAUAUUUUUGCGCCUUCGUUGUGUAACAUAUUAUUGCAGGUGACAUAUAGUAGGUACAUACAGUCGAUUCUAGAUUCCGUUAGUGCUAUUUUUCUAGUACCUUAAGAGUAAGAAUCAAGUUAAAGUAGUAUUUGUUAGUUUUAUUUUAAGGUAUGGAUUUUCGACUAUUAUAUUUAUAUUAAUGUAAUGUUUAGGACAUUAUUAUUAUUACAAAAAAGACUGAUGAGAUUUGAGAAGUUAAAUGACGUUUCCAUUUUAAUAACUUUAUUAUCUACAAAAGUACCUAGACGUUACUGGUGGCCAAGAAUGGGCCAUAAACUACCUAACAUAAAAAAAAAUAAAGUAAACCCGAUUUUUAGUACCUACCUACCUACCAAUUCGUUUGUGCAUUUGCUAUUGUAUAAAAAAAGUUCGACCGUUUUUGAUAUAAAAAUAUUAUACUAAUAAAAGGAAAAUUUUGUAUCCCAGGGCUGAACACUGGCCCCACUACGUUAUUAUACUUAUUAUUAUCGGAUACGUACAGUCAACAUCAAAUAUAUUAUAGCUGCAAAAGUGGUCAAAUAGUUCGUUACGCCGCGCCGUUAUUCAGUACGGUGUGACGUGUGACCAAGUAUUUGGCCACUUUGGACUACAAUAUAUUUGACUCUGACUGUACCCUUUACUAAGUUAAAAUAAAAGUAUUGUAAAGUGUAAAUUAGAUAAAUACAAUAAAGUAAUAAGUAGGUAAAUAUAUCUACCUACAUACAUGUACCAAAUAUUUAUACUUUUAUAACAUUAGUGUAAUUGUCUUAGAUUUCUUAGAAUAAUAUCUUUUAACCCUUUAUAAGGCAGAGACGAUUUGGAAACCACUUAGUUAAUAAACAUUUACGGAGAAGAACAUCCUCUUUUUUAUUUAACUAUAAUGGUAU